CUGUGGAAGGAUUUCUAAGGCAGAUUGUUGUUCAAUAAUAUGUCUCAUCGAGAUAUUGUUGCAUGGAGUAUAAUGAAUGAUGGGCAUUGUCAGAACGGGCUUUUUAAUGAUGCCUUGGAGCUUUUUGAUGAGAUGAAGAGAGCCAAUGUUGAACUAGAUGAAAUGAUUCUUUCCAAAAUUCUUUCUGCUUGUGGCUAGACUGAAAAUUUAAGUUAUGGGAAAGCUAUAAAAUAUACAUGAAUAUAUUAUUGAAAACAAUAUUCAAGUACACUCUCAUUUAGAGAAAGCUCUUGUAGCUAUGUAUGCAAGCUAUGGUUGUAUGGAUGUUGCUCGGGGAUUGUUUGAUCAGAUAGGUACAAAGAACUUAGUUGUUUCCACGGCCAUGGUUUUGGGGUAUUCAAGAAUUGGGCGAGUUAAUGAAGCUUGAUGGAUUUUUUAUCAGAUGGUUGAGAAAGACUUGGUGUGUUGGAAUGCAAUGAUAUCUGGUUAUGCUGAAAGUGACUAUCCUCAAGAAGCUCUUAGAUUGUUUAAGGAAUUACAAAUCUUGGGAAUAAAACCAAAUCAAGGGGCAAUGUUGAGUGUCAUCUCAGCUUGUGCUCAUCUCCGUCUUCUAGAUUAAGCCAAAUGGAUCCAUGCAUAUGUUGAUAGAAAUGGGUUUGUAGGAGCCUUGUCUAUCAAUAAUGCCCUGCCCUUAUUGACAUGUACUUCAAGUGUGGGUGUUUGGAAAGAGCAAGAGUUGUUUUCGAGAAAAUGGCAAGAAGCAAUGUAAUAUCGUGGACCACCAUGAUCAAUGCAUUUGCCCUGCAUGGGGAUGCCAAUAAUGCUUUAGAAUUCUU